CGUCCCGGCCCGGCCCCGCACGCACGGCACUUCCCAGCGAUUUCCUCGUCCUCUCUCUCUCUCUCUCUCUCGCGCUCCCUCUCCCACUCGACGGAGGAGAAAGGGGGGAAAGCAAUCGGAAGCGCGAGCCGGCGAGCGAGAUGGGCGCCGGGAGCAGCCGCGCGGACGCGCCGUCGCGGCGCCGGGCGCGCCUCGGCCUCGGAGGGUGCUUCGGGACCCGAUCCUCCUCCUCCCCAGCCGCCGCCGCCGAAGCGCACGACGGCGGGAGCUUCACCUUGGCCGGGUCCUCCUCCUCCAGCGCUAUCGAGGUACAAUCAGGGCGACCAGUACGUGCCCUGAAUUUUCAGGCUUCUCUAGCUGCUAAGGAUCUCCAGAUUUCCACCGCGUCAAGUCCAAGGCUGCAUUCCUCUUCAAGUACCAUAAGCCAUCACCUCAGAUUCAAUCACCUCAAUUGCCAUGAAAACAAGGAAGAUGGCCUGGGGACUGAAAAUGCUGAAACAAGUGGCCUUGAAAGCUCAUCUAGGAAGGCUGUCAUGGUUAGGGGAAGUUUCAGUAAUGAAGCUGUUAAUAGUGAUAUGUCAGGAGAAGGGAUAAGUUUUAUAGGAUCAGAGCUGGAAAAUAUUCCUAGCACAGUCUCCACUAAUGAAACUGGUGGCUCAGCCGCUGAAUCUGGUUUGGGCCCCUCAUUGAUGGCAUCUGAAAGGAUCAUGUCUGACUUAGAAGGAGAGGUAUCUCCGCAAGGGACCUCAUCCACAACUGCCAUGACAAGUGAAAGAUCAGAUGUAUCUCAAGCUAGCUUAACAUCUAUGUUUCCUAACUCUUCAAUUGCAUCAUCUGUGAUUGUGGAACCAAUGCCAGAUCCAAUCUCUACCAGGGCAGAUGUCCCCAUAUUCAGUGGGCCACAUGGUGAGCCUGGAGGGAGUAUAUUACAUGAUGACAUGAUGAGCAUUUUCUCAAAUGACGGUCUAGGACGCUCUAGGGAUUCUAGCAGCAGUGAAACAAGGAGGAGUCACAGAAGGAUUCUAUGGGACACGUUUUCCAGGCGUGGCUCAAGAGGUUAUCCAGAAUUUGAUGCUGAUGACCUCGGAUUUUACAGCACAUGGCUAGACCUUGGUGAUGACAUUUUUGAAGAGUUGGGGGAAUCAAGAUAUUUUCAUCGCAGGCGACAUGGUUCGAUCAGAGUAAGCCAGUAUUCAAGAUCCCGGAUUAGGGAGCAUCGCCGUGCUGUUUUUGAUAGUGGUAAUGAACAAGGCACUGCUGCAUGUCCUUUGGGGAUUCAUCAAACUGGCCGAUGCACAUGUGAUUCUUUCUUGGUUGCUGAAGAAUCUAGUGCCCGAGCAAGUAUAUCAAGAAUUGUCAUGUUAACUGAAGCGUUAUUUGAGGUGUUGGAUGAAAUUCACCGUCAACCUGCAUCACUUUCACUUUCCAUGGUCUCUGUUCAGGCUCCUGAAUCUGUAGUCAAUUCGUUGCCGUGCAAGAGCUACAAAAAGCUAGAGGCACCCCAACGCAGUGAUGAUAUGGAACAGUGCCAUAUCUGCCUAACUGAAUAUGAGGAUGGAGACCAGAUACGAAUUCUUCCUUGCAAGCACGAGUUCCACCUGCAAUGUGUUGACAAAUGGCUGAAAGAAAUACACAGGGUGUGCCCUCUGUGCCGCGGAGACGUCUGCGAAGUCGCCUCGUGAAGACCUUGGCGCUGCCAUCCCUUCCUCACGGCACCGGCAGAUAGCGCAUCCCCCGCCUGCUCCGUUGUUGAAGCUGGUUUGGUCAGGCAACGGCGAUCACGUCCCGUCAAUCUGGGCGUCCCUGCCGAAGAGCGUGGCCAGAUCCUGCGACCAAUGCGUCGCUGUUCCUGCCAUCAACUUUUUAAGAUACCGAGACUGUAUAUAGCUCUUGUAGCCUCUCCGUGUAUGACAACCUGUACAUAUAUAUGUAAAUUCUAGAUUCCAAUGUCCAUUAUUUUGUCCUACAUUCAGAUCUUAUUCUCGCAGCCCUGAUGCUCAAACUAGCUUUACCAGAA